AUGUCGAUUGCUGAUCCGAGACCCUAUCAACCUCUGCAUCCGCAUGAUCAUCACAUACAAGACCAUUGCUCCCGGGAGCCCGAUUGGCUGCUCCAGGAAGUAGCAACUCCUCGCAUUAAUGACGAGAUGUUUCUCCUCAAUCUUCCUGCUGAAAUGCUUCUUUGCAUAGCGGACAGCCUGGAUCAAGCCAGAGAUUUGCUUGCGCUGGCUUGUCUCAAUCAAGCAGCGAAUGAUCUUUUCCUCGACUAUCUGUACAGGUUUAACGUCCGACACCAACGCAGCGAUGCCUUGUUUUGGGGAGUCCGCCGAGGCAAAUCGAAAUUUGUAAAAAUGAUGUUGGACGACUACGGAGCGGACGCCAACACAACGGACCAUAGAUCUCGCACACCAAUUUUUCAUGCAAUGCGCACUAAGAACGAGACAAUUAUUCGCACGCUUCUUGUCGAUAAGAGAGCGGAUAUCAAUUGGCAAGAUCAACGCAGGCAGACCCCACUGGUAUAUGCCAUUGAAAGGAAUCUUCUGUCUACUGCAUCACUUUUACUGGAUUUUAAUCCAUGUCUGAAUAUAACGGAUAUCAAGAACCGGUCUGCUAUUUGGUACGCCAUCGCGUCCUGCGAUGAGAAUCUGGUGCAAGUCCUUCUGGAACGGGGCAGCGAUAUACGAACGCCAGAUUACAAACAAUUUUCACCACUCAGCCUUGCCAUUGCCCGGAAGACCCCGAGAAUUACCCGGCUGUUACUCCUUCAUUCAGAUUCCAAUUCAAGAAAGACCCUACUGGAGGAUGUCACUAUCAGAAACCGUCUGCUCCGUCAGGCUGUACAGGCAAGCCUUCAUGAUGUCAUCGCCCUACUCAUUGCCCAUGGCGCAGAUCCUAAUUCUAGAAAUAGAGAUGGUCAGAGACUGUUGCAUCAAGCCACGAAAAAGGGUGACAGGGAG